AUGUACCUAUCUACAAUUUCUCACUCAACCCUAGCUAGCUGUAAUUUACCCAGUCCAGCCCAGCCAGUCAGCAUCCCCGGAAUGUUUUCCCCUUCUUUUUAUCCCAGGGUUAGGGUUAGGUUGGAUUUCUCGCCACGAGAUUUGCACACACACAGGCAGACAGGGGAGGUUGGGAAGAAGGCAGGGAAGAAGGAAGAGGUGGGUAGGGAGGUGUUGUUCAUCACUGCAAAACACAGAUGGCGAUGGACGGCAUGGGCAUGGGCGUGGGCGAUUUCGGGCGUUCAGUGA